AUGAAUAAAGACAUCUAUUCAGAUUAGACUUGUUAACUUGAUUUAAAAGAAUAAUCUAAUUGUUAAUGUCCUUUUAAGCCUAAAAUACCUUAUGCAUUUUAAAAUACAUUUGUCUAAGAUUUUGGUCAAGCUAGUUAUCUAAGAUGGUAACCUUCAGAUCGAUUAAAAAAUGAUAAGCUCUAAAUUAAUAACAAUGAUUAAUAGUGUUGUGAAAAAUUUGAAUAAAUAUCACAAUAUUAUGAAUCUAUAUUACAAUCUCAAAUAUUCACUAUGUUCUAAUUAAAUGAACUAAUUGAUAAACAUUCGAAUCUUCUGAAAACAUAUUUAGAAAAACAGAAAAUUCAUAUUGAUUAACAACAAAUAUCAAUUGUUUAUCCAGAAUAAUAAUAAAACUCAACUUUAUUAUGGAAACAGAAAUGGGAAUAAGAGAAUAAACUGAAUCAACAAAGAGAUUAUAAAAUAAAGUGUGAAUAUUAAAAUUAAUAAAAAUAGCGAGUUAAAGAAAAAGAUAGAGGCCAUUUAAGAAACACUUGUGAAGACAGACAGUUAUACAAUUACAUUAGAAUUAGAAUCUUGGAAAAGUAAAUAUUAAAAUUUAACAAAAAUUCAUAUUUAAACAGAAGAGAAACUAAAUGGAUUAAAGAAAGAAUUAGAAUAAUUGAAUUAAAAUCCAACAGUUGAUGAAAGUAUUUAAUCGGUAUAUAUUUGAAUUUAUAAUAAUUAGAAGAAGACAACCGUAAUUUCGAGUAGAAGAAGAUAAACUAAAUAAAUAGAGAAUUCAACGUUAAUAAGUUGA